AAAGAAAUAUGACUAUCGCAAGCACGUCUUAUCGAAAUCGAUAACUGCCAGCUGAUUGUUAGCUCUUAUUUAAUAUACACGCUAUCGUGCUGUAAUUCGACUUUAAUAUUAAAUUGUUAAUGAAAAUGUUUCGCAAACAAUUUGGUAACUUGUCGCGAGUCUCAACACACCUCUCCCGCAAUGUGUUAGCGGCGCGUGUCGCCUACCGGGACGUCGAAAUGUCAACAAAUGCGGCGCCGGCGGAAGACGUCACCUCACCUCCGGCCGUCAAUGAGUUUCGCACAGGUGUAACAAAUCCUGGCGAUCACUCGGAUGUACAAGUAGGUAAAUUCUAUACCAUUCCCCUGGAAGAGAAGAAGCAAAUUUUCUCAGGAGGCGGACUGACUAAGAAAUACGAGCAGCAAAUAAAAACAUUUACCGAGGCCUGCAUAAUGGUACGUUCUCCUGCCCUCGAGCUGCUGCAUUAUAUCAAGAACGCUGAUCUGUCGAAGCCUGUGGUACGCUAUGUGCUGUAUGGCGACAAUGGUGUAGGGAAGACCCUUUCCAUGGCGCAUGUGUUGCAUUAUGGAGCACUGAACGACUUUCUGCUUGUGCACGUGCCCUGGGCACCCAACUGGAUGAAACGGCCCAAGGAGUCCGCGAACUCCGCCACUCAAGAGGGCUUCAUCGAUCUGCCAUUUGAUGCGGCUGCCUGGCUGAUACACUUUAAGACACAGAACUCGAAGCUGCUUGAACGAUUACAACUAAAGACCAGCAAGGAGUAUGUGUGGAGCAAGCGCGAGAGCACGCCAGCUGGCGCUUCGCUGAUAGAAUUAGUUGAACACGGCAUUGCGAGGAUCAAGUAUGCCUCGGAAACAACAGCUGCUUUGAUCUCGGAGCUGAAGCAGUUAGCCACUGCUGGCCAGUGCAAGAUAAUGGUGGCUAUUGAUGGCUACAAUGCAUUUUUCCAUCCCGUCACGCGCAUCUUCUCCGAUAACAAGCAGCGCGUGACACCGGAUCGCAUAACGCUCACCCAGCCUUUUCUUGAUAUAACCAACUACGACUGGACGAAUGGCGUGUGCAUUCUAUCCGUGGACAAAAUAGCCAUGACUGAAGGCUAUAUGGAUUCCUAUUUGCCACGCUAUCUGCUAGGCAAAGAGGGCUUCGAGCAUUUGGAUCCGUUUGUGCCCGUGCACGUUGGCAAUUAUACGGAAAAAGAGUUUGUCAGCUAUAUCAAUUACUAUUUGGAUCGCAAUUGGAUCACGAAGACCCAACCGGGCUUUGAGGAGCAGCUAAAGUUUAUGAGCAAUAUGAAUCCUUAUACUCUAAUGCAGCUGGUCAGAAGCCUCUAGUGUUGCUGUUUAAUACAACUUUUUGUUAGUUUGUAAAUGUUAAAUAAAUAAAAGUAAAUAAAUUUCGAACCCCCUGAAGAAGUUGCUAAAUGUUGAA